UGAAACCUAGAAUUGGUAUAAAACGAAAGAAUAAUGACAGCAACUUCAGUGAACUAGAAGCGUUUAAGCGCAUUACACCCCUUAAUUUUUGGGGAACCGACAUCCAAGAUGAAGUGUUGGGCUCUUCUGGUGGCCCUUGCAUGUAUAUUCAUAGCACCAUCUCAUAGUGGCCCAGUUAGUCUCACCAGGGUCAAAAGAGGUUUUCAUCAUGAACCAGAAGGGUACUGGAGUACUAAACUCACAUGGAAAACAAAGUGGGUUAAAAUCUGGAAAACUGAGAAGAAGUUGAUCUGGAAACCUGACUGGAAAAAGAUCCAGGUUCCUGUAUGGAUCGAGAAACAAAUUCCAAUCUGGAAAGAAAUCCAAGUACCUGACUGGAAGAUAGUCAAGAAACCAGUCUGGAAAGAAACCCAGGUACCUGCCUGGAAAGAAAUCAAAGUGCCAGACUGGAUAGAAAAAAAAGUACCAGCUUGGAAAGAAAUUCAAGUCCCUGACUGGGUUGAGGUGAAGGUACCUGACUGGAAAGAAAUUCAGGUUCCAGAUUGGAAAGAGAUUCAAGUACCUGACAAGAAACAAAUCUGGGUACCAGUAUGGAAAGAGAUCCAAGUACCAGCAUGGAAAGAAAUACAAGUUCCGGAUUGGAAGAAAAAUUACGUACCCGUUCUGGUGAAAGAAGGCAUCCCUGGUGAGCACUAUUUAGGCAAAGAUCCUCAUGGCGCUGAAUAUACUGCACACGACUUAUGGAAGAAGAAGCUCAUUUGGAAACCUGUUUGGAAGAAGAUUUGGAGAACUGAGAAAAAGCAAAUCUGGGUACCAGAGAAGAAACUCGAAUGGAAACCCGAAUGGAAACAAAUCUGGCGCACUGAAAAGAAACAAAUCUGGCGCACUGAGAAGCAACAAAUUUGGAGGACAGAGAAGAAACAAAUUUGGAGAACCGAAAAGAAAGAAAUUUGGAUUCCGAAAAAAGAACAGAUCUGGAGAACUGAAAAGAAACAGAUCUGGAUCCCGAAGAAAGAACAAAUCUGGGUAGAAGAAAAAGUACAAAUAUGGAGGACUGAAAAGAAAGAAGAAUGGAUUACCAAGAAGGUUCAAAUCUGGAAAGAUGAAUGGAAACAGAUAUCGGUUCCUGUUUGGAAAGAAAUCCAAAUUCCAGCGUGGAAACAAAUCUCUAAACCAGUGUGGGAGAAGGUGUGGGUCAAAGUAACCCACCACCAUGGCCAUGGAUGGGACUGAUUUUGAUUGGUCGUUUUGUAAAUUUUUUUCUGUAAAUAUUCCUUCCCUCUUCUCUCAAUUCUCUAAGUCUAAGUACAAAUGAGUCGAAUACAGGUUGCCAGUGAGCUGUAGUUGUAAUACAGUAAACUAUUGUAAGAUAUUGAUUGUUAUUAAAUAUUUAAGGAUGAGCAAUAAAAUCCGUAAAUUAA